AGGCAGAGAACUGAAAGUGACAAAAUUCAAUGAUUUUCUUAUUAUGAUUUCUCUUUGGUUCAGUAAUUAAGUUUCAAAUUUUAAAACAACUUUUGUUUUAAUUUUAAGUUACAUUUUUUCUCUGUUGUUUGUGCUUAUUACAUUGCACAUUUCGAUUUACAUUUUUGAAAAACUAUUGAAGAAGACACAAAGAAGAAAAGGCGUGAAAAGUUAUUAAGACUUGAGGUCCUUGGUGGUCCCCAAAGUCAUGGCUGAUAUGCCUGAUUUAUCACAUCUAACACCUGAAGAACGUGCGAUCAUUGAAAAUGUUAUGCUUAGACAGAAACAAGAAGAAGAGUCUGAGAAAGAAUUAAUGAAACGUAAACAAGUCGAAGUAGAAACUUUAGAACAGACCAUAAGACAACGCUCCGAACAACAGAAAAAGGCUGGUGCGGAAUUAGAUGCAACCUGUCAUAUAUGUUUAAAGACACGUUUUGCUGAUGGCAUUGGGCAUCUCUGUCAUUAUUGUAGUAUUAGAUGUUGUGCUAAAUGCGGUGGAAAAGUAACAUUACGUAGUAAUAAGGUCAUUUGGGUUUGCAUUUUAUGUCGAAAAAAGCAGGAACUAUUAUCGAAGACCGGACAAUGGAUCAACAAAGCUUCGAGCCCGGAGGGUCUCAUUAGGCAUGUUGGCAGUGAUACAAGGACAACAUUACUAAAUCCACACGACACGACUGACAAACGACCAAAAUUAGAACGGGCUCGUAGUGCAGCUGAGAAAGAAAAUCUGCCAUUGCAGCGAACGGGCAGUCAACUUAGACGUCAAUAUUCACAACAAGAGACUUCAACGCAACGUCGUGCGUCAGCAUCGGCAUCAGAUAGUGGCGUCGACGACAGUUAUUUACAACGAAGCCAUUUGCAUUCGCAACAUCCAACGGGUAUUGGUAGUGGCUCGAAUGCUGAUGGUCAGUAUAUGAACCAAUCGCCUCAAUAUCGUAAUACGAGUAGUUAUUAUCAAAGCAGCGGUGGUUAUCCGCAAGAUUCUGAUCCACGUUAUUACCAGGGUGAGAUUGAAGAUUUGAUGCGAACACAUCCUCAUCUUGUUCAUCCGCGACAACAAAGUUAUAUUAGUCAACAACAACAGCAGCAGCAGUCAAGUUACAUGAAACAACAAAAGCCUGCACAAGACUUACAACAGCAUUACGGAAUGCAGGAUCCAUACUCGAAAACACAUAAGCGACCACUCGGCGGUGCUCCUUAUCUUCCUCAACAGCGAUCGUUCAGCAGCUCGGAAGAGGAACUCCGAUCGACACCAGAAUUCGAAGGUAGUAAUAGUUACCACAAUCCUCUUCCUUCAACGCACAUAGACCACAAUGUUGAUGACUUAGCGCAUCAUCAACACAAUCAAACGAAAACCACAAAUUCUCUCUCUCCAACGAAAUCAUACAACUAUUACAAUAGAACUAGUGCCACUCAACCCAAUCCGACGAAUAGCGGUAGUUACAAUUAUUAUUCGAAUAGUCGUUAUUUAAGUGAUAGCAUCGAUCCAUAUGUCGAUGAACAAGCAUCUGGUGAUAAUCGAAGAUUCACCGAGCGAAGAAAGAAAACUGUUCGAUUUGAUGGUCAAGAUUCAGAUGAAUUCUCGCGAUGGGAGAAUGAACGACAGGGAAGUCAAGAUUCAACAACUAAAGAUUCGGGAAUUGACACGAGUAGCACGUUUACCAGUAGUGAAGAUUCGAAUCGAGGCGAUGGACCAAAGAAUCCAGUAAGUUGGCAAGUAUCAGCAGAUGGUCAACGUAUGAUUGGUCAUAUGAUAUUGAGGAAGAAUAUCGAUGGCGAAGAUAUAUUAGGUUUAAAAAUUGUUGGUGGCAAAGCUUUGUCGACAGGAAAAGGUGCUGUCAUAGAGAAAGUUAAGCGUGGAUCCAUCGCCGAUCAAGAGGGUCACUUGAAGCCGGGCGAUGAAGUGAUUGAGUGGAAUGGUCGGUCAUUACAAGGUAAAAGCACACAGGAAGUGUGCGAUGUGAUUGAAGAGAGUCGACAUGAGUCUCAAAUUGAAUUAAUUGUGUCGCGACCGUUGAGCGUGAAUCGAAAAGCUGCUCAAACUUCCUGGCGUCAGUCACAUUCACCUAUUCGAGCACAAACUCGACAAUAUCUUCAUAAAGAAUCGUUUGAUGGCCGUGAUAAGCCAAGUGUUUUAGUGACAUCGCCGGGUUCGCCGGACUUUAAUUUUCAACAGAAACUUCAAGCGUCAGCUCAUUCGAAACGACCAUUAGGACGAUAUCAAGGUCGAUUCUCACAAUCAAGUUCCAUCGAUCCGAACAUCGGUGGACGUAUGCAAAUAAAGUUAGGUUUUGAAUCGAGUGCACUUCAACUUAUUGUUACGAUAGUUUGUGCCGCAGACUUAACUUAUCGACCUAACGGAGCUGCACGCAAUCCAUACGCCAAAAUAUUUUUGCUUCCUUGUCAUUCUGACAAAUCCAAACGUCGAACGAAAACAUUAGCUAGUACAAAUGAGCCGCGAUGGGGGCAAACGUUUCUUUUUUCGGGCUUAAGGCGAGCGGAUAUCACAAAUCGAUUGCUUGAAAUUACACUUUGGGAUUAUGUUCGUUAUGGUGUGAAUGAUUUUUUAGGCGAAAUCGUUGUCGACUUACACAAUCAUCCUCUCGACGACGAACCUGAAUGGUAUAUGCUUCAAGCCCAUCAGGAUUCCAACUAUCCCGGAGGGUAUCAUAAACACGACGAUCAUGUUCAUCAUUCGCUACAUCACAGCGGUCAUGAGAUUGAUAUUAUUACACCAACGGAUCAUCUAUCACCACCAAGCACAACUUCACGUCUUAGUGACUCUGAUACAUCAGAAUGUGAUAUUGAUGGAUUAACUACGGGACGUGAUGGAGCGAGCAUAUCAUCACUGGGUAGUUCAUCGAGUCCACCCCCAGAGAUUGAUUUGAUUGAACGUCGUUCGCGACGUGAUAUGUCACCACAAGGUCGUAAAAGAGUUGCUGGUAUGGUGUCACGUGAUUAUCAAACAGUAUCAGGAGUUGGUGGAACACAAACAUACCCUCAUCAAUCUCAAAUACAACGAAGAGGCGAACCUAUGUCGAUGAGUCAUCGUAGUCAAUCAGCAGCGCCAAGUGAUAGUUACCGGGGUGAUCGGCGCGGUUCUUUGUCACCACCAGAUAACCGUUAUAUGUCGACAGUUAAAGAUUACCCCGUUCUUCCACUCCAGCAACAACAAUCAUUCACUCCAAAAUUUCAAUCUCGUUCAGCAACGGCAACGCCGACUGGUUCACCAAAAAAGCGCCAAUUGCCAAAAGUACCUCAAAUAUCACGCAACUCCGCAAUUCGAGAUCGACUGAUGCAAGACUUUGAGGAUCGUUCAACUGUCGGUGGACGGAGACAUCGCGGUGCACGUCAACAUCACAUGCCACAAUACCGAAGUACCGGUCAAGGUGGUUGGGAAAGACAUUAUUCCGGACUGUCUGAUAGUGAUUUAACGAACGCUGAAACUCGUCUGAGACCAAGAAAUUCUCUUUCACCCGAUAAAGAUUAUAUAGGAGACUUUGGAGACUCAGAUAUGGAAUCUGUUGUAAGUGUAACAUCGAGUGCCUUCUCUACGCAAUCUGAAAGGCCGCGGGGUUCAAAAGGAUUAAGUUCAUCUAAAAGUUCUUUAAUUCUUGAUGAACCUUCCAAUAUUAUUUAUGACUCUUUGAAACAAAACAAUCCUAAUCCUAAUCCUGAUAUUUGUAAUAACUUAAAUAAACCUGCUUCUUCCAAUGCUAUCGCUAAAUCCUCUCGUGAUUCCUUGGAAAAUACAUCAAACAAAACAUACAGCGAUUAUGACAGAGAUCGUGGAAGGUCAAGACAUUUGGAAAGUGGACAUCGUGAAUCAUUUAAGAAGAAUGAACGGACCAAUGAGCGAACUGACCAAGAUCGAGAUGCUUUAGACCGUGAUCAGAAGGAUGGAACCCUCAAUCGUAGCUUAUCAAAUACUGAUACCAAUCUAGAAGAUAGAAUAGAUGGUAGCUUAAGUGAUACAGCUGUAGGACUAACAGGCCUUGACAGUAGACGAGGGAAACAAAUGGACCAAAGAUCUCCAAAAAGUGAAACUCCUACAAGAGAUCGCGAUCGUUUUGGUGCAAACAGCGGCAUGGGCAAGAAAAGCAACUCAACGUCACAGUUGUCAGCAACAGAUCAAGGCGCUGCUUCACAACGAAAGCGUUCAUCUGCUGGUUCCAUUCAACGCUCUAUUGAAGUCGUUCCGACUUAUCGAGCUGGUAGUCUGCAUUCAAUCUCUAGUUCAGAAGGCUCAUCAUGGUCACCAUCGUUAAGGAUGGUUGGUGACGGCGGUCAACUUUCUGAAUUUAUUGAUGGCUUGGGUCCCGGUCAACUGGUUGGUCGGCAAGUCUUAGGUGCUCCAGCAUUAGGCGAUAUUCAAUUAUCGCUGUGCUAUCAGAAAGGCUUCCUUGAAGUUGAGGUGAUACGAGCGAGAGGAUUACAGGCACGUCCCGGUUCUAAAGUUUUGCCAGCACCAUACGUUAAAGUAUAUCUAGUAUCAGGAAAGAAAUGCAUUGCCAAAGCUAAAACAACAGCGGCGAGAAAAACGCUCGAUCCACUUUAUCAACAAAUGUUAGCGUUUCGAGAACCGUUCCAAGGAUGUAUUUUACAAGUGACAGUUUGGGGUGAUUAUGGAAGAAUCGAGGGCAAAAAAGUAUUUAUGGGUGUAGCUCAAAUAAUGUUAGAUAAUCUUAAUCUCUCACACAUCGUCAUCGGAUGGUACAAACUCUUCGGAACGACCAGUCUGAAAAAUCAUCAAUGCUUCUCAAUGAGUGAUUUGUCCAUGCAUCAAACAAGAAAUAUCUUGAUCUUCCCUGCUAAUUGCUUAUUUUUUUAUACUCAGCUCUUAACAAGAGUUAUCACCAAAUGCUUAUUAUAUUUAUUUAAAACAUUCUUUGCAUUUGUUAGCAACCCAAGAACGAAACUUUAUUGUCAUGUUCACAAAAACUUUUCUGUUUUCCUUUUAGACAAUUUUAAGAUAUAUAAAAAAUUAUCCGUCUUCGUGAACAUGGCUUAUUUUAUUUAUAAAGUUCAUCAAUUGCUUUCAUUUAGUACUCAUAAUAAAGUUAUAGAUAGUCAUAAAGCACAUGUUUUUGCAGACAUUGAAGACGUAAACAAGAAGAAAACAAAUUGUUUAAUUUUAUCAACACAUCAAACAGAACUCAAAGUAUUAGCCUUUAACAUACUUAUUGAAAGAAGUUCAAUCAGUCAAGAAAAGAAAGCUUUUUUUAUAAGUGAUUUUAAUCCUUCGAAAAUACUUUUCUUAUACUUUUUUUCUCGAAUCAAUCAUUGGUAUUUUGAAACUUCUUCAAUACAAAAAAAAAGAUAG